AGCCCUGCAGUCAUUAGGCAGCAUGAAGUCUGACACGGGCACGGUUUCCCCCGGGGCCGUAGGGGAGAAGGAGCAGGAAGAGCAGGAGCAGGAGGAGGAGGGAGGGAAACGUGGGCAGAGGAGAAUCAGCACAAGCUCAGGGCCAAACUCGAAGGUGCCCAGGAGCGCCUCCUCAGCGCCGGACCGUUGCACACCCAGGCCCGCGCCCUCGGCAACCACUGUCAAGGCGGGAGCGGCGAAGGUCGAGAGAGCCAAGCCGGUGCUGGAGAAGGCCAGGCCGGCGCCCGACGAGGCGGUCGGGGCUCUGUCCGAGGCUCCCACCCACCUCAAAGAGCUCCUGCAGCAGCAGGCGCAGCUCGAGGGCGAGCUGAGUAAGGUGCAGGCCUAACUCGGCCACACUGACCCAGCAUCAGAAGGGAGUGAGGCGCCUGUUGAGCAUGGACCGACCGUCCCGGCAUUCCUAUAGUCCUACCACG